AAAAAAAGAGGACAAAUCCACUCUCUAUGUAUGGCCCCGCUUAACGAGUAUAAAGAUAAGGUUAUGACUCUGCUCCAUAUUUUGCACGGCUCAGAUUCUAAUAAAUGAGAUGUAGCGUGAACAAAGUUGCCCGCCCGAUAAACGAUCCAGAUUCACGCCGUCAAUGAGAAGCUAACUGCGGAACGAAUAGGAGUAAACGAGGACGAAGUUAGAAAUUAGAGGGAGAGAGAGAGAGAGGUGGGUUGAGGUGGGUUUUCAUCAGUUGCUUAGGUAUACGAUAAAAAGCAGUGACACCGACGACGCGGCCCCCAUCCAUCCCAAAUGACUCAUACACUUUUGAUGCGUCCGUACGUAUUCUCAUCCGUCCGGAGCACCAAUACCACUCCCCUCAUCCGUUCCGUUGCAGUCACACCCACCUCCUUGUUUUCCCGCAGUAGCAGCAAUAGCAGGAAGAUUUUCGAGAGAAUCGCAUCAGCAUCAGCAUCACUUUCUUGGUCGUCAUCAUCUGCGGUUAGGAAGCUCCAAUUCCAUGACUUUUCGUAUUCGACAUCCAAAUUUGAAGGCUUUUUGGUGAAGAGGAGAUUCAGUGUCCGAUCGACUACACAGGUUUCUGAUUCGGGUUCCAUCGAUUCCCCCAUGAUGCAGUCCAUGCAAAAGAAGAUCAAGGAACAGCUAAAUGCAGAUGAGGUCAUUGUCAGGGAUGCUUAUGGAGACGGUCGACAUGUCAGCAUUGAUGUUAUCUCCUCUGUGUUCGAGGGACAAUCUGCUGUGAAUCGGCAGAGAAUGGUGUACAAAGCUAUAUGGGAAGAACUCCAAAGCACCGUACAUGCAGUUGAUCAGAUGACUACUAAAACUCCUGCUGAAGCAGCAGAAAGCCGGUGAAAUGCAGCUGAGAUAUAAAGACAAUCCAUUAUGACCUUCAUCCUUCAUCGCUUUCUAGUAAGAAAGCUUGACCAGAUUUUUAUUCUGUCUUUGAUAUUCAGCAUAGAUUUUCGCGGAACAGUCAGCACCAGCCAUAUACCAUGAACCAAUAAGAAACAUGUCUUAAUGCAUCAAUGGUUUCAAUUC